GGUUUAACUGAACUCAUUGGAAAUCUGCUACCAUAGUAACCGCUGACAACUCAGCACCACUUCAGAUGACGGUGAAACAGCAGGAUGUCGGUGAAAAUUUCAGGGGCACAGCUGGUGAGAGUGUGCACAGUACUCCACGACUGUGCAGACCAGCUUACAGUUUUAGGAAACAUCAUUCCCGAUACUUACAAGGACCGCCCAGAGGCUGACAUGGUGGUGGGAGCAGACAUUAGCGGGGUCAUUUCACAACAUAGAGAGGCAGAGCAGAGUUUGAAGAUGGUUCGUCAAAAUCAGGGUGAGGGUGGUACAGUAACAGGGGCGAUGCAAGAGAUGCACAGAUCACACAAAGAACUGAGCCGCACCAUGGAAACAAAUCCACUAUCACCCGACAACCUUGCAAAGGUCCAAAGGGACAGGCAAUUUCUGGCCCAGGUGAUCACAAACGUGUUGGCAGAUCUGAAAGACAAAAGCACAUUUGAAAGCUUAUUUUUGGCUGUGGAAGAGGAGAAAAAGAAAAAGGCUCAUCUCCUUGAUAUAAUAAUAAGAGAGGAGGAGGGCCGGCGACUGACCAAAGCCUUGCAGAGACAGCUACAGGACAUCCGCAAGGAAAAAACUCUCGAUUUACAGAGACGCGAGGAGAUGACAGCCCAUCUCAAGGACCAGCUGCAAGAGAUGAAGGUCAAGACGAGUUUGGAGAGGAAAUAUGUAAAAAGCAACACUGAGCUACUUGUUUAUCAAGGACAGAAACUCAACACGCACAAGGAGAAGCAGUUGGAUGAUGAAAGAAAGCUCCUACAGGACAAAAUGGAGCUGGAAAGGCGUGUUCACAUGAAGAUUGAGACCUUCCUUAAGGAAACCCAGUCCACACUAGGAGAAAAGUUAGAGUACUGGAUGGAACGCUAUGAGAAGGACAUGGAGGACAAGCAGCAGGAACUCAACGCCCUGAAGAACGCCAAGGCCAGCAACCUUAUUCAGCUGCAGGAUCUGGCGAAGAAGUAUCGGGAGAGUGAACAGGUGGUCAUGGAGGACCGGCUGGAAAAGGAGAACCUUCGCAAGAGGCUGGAAAAAGAUCAGUUGGAACGUGAUGCAUCAACCAAGAUCCAGUCAUGGUGGCGAGGGACAAUGGUGCGCAAAGGACUGGGUCAGUACAAGAAGGGAAAGAAGGGCAAAGAAGGCAAGAAGGGCAAGAAGAAAAAGUAGUAAGACACAUCCAAGAAAAUCAGAGGAUUCGGGGGGAUCUGAGGACUGCCAAUUAUCAGAUAUUUUCUUUGGAAAAUCAGGUCCCUUGUAAGUGUUAUUUUAUAAGGCAAGGUUGUACAACUUGUCAACAGGUCUUUAAUGAACUGGCCGCAUCCAAUAUAUCUUGACCAGAAUCUACGCCAGCUGGAUACCUCCACUCUCUUUUCAGUCAACAAGCUGAAUUACAGAAGUUUGAUUAAAUUAUUCAACACAGAAAAAUGCAACAUUAAACUUGGUUCACCCCAAAUUCCAGCCGA